GGACUCGGAACUGGAUGGCAUCCAGUGCGAGUUUAGCGAUGGACUGACCACUCCCUGGCACGGCGGGCAAGGUGGUACCGCACAGAUUUCUGUGCUUGAUCUUUCGAAAGGCGAAGCGGUUGUGUCUAUGACAAUCUGGUCCGGCCACAGAGGUCGACGCAAUCCAAUUCCAGACCAACCUCGGUCGCGUGCCCCCCAAGUAUGGUGGCUCAGGUGGUGGUCCUACUGUCGUACGUGGGCACCAGGCCUCGCGCUCUGAUGGCCUGGGAAGGUCGCAGUAACGGCUCCAUAAUUACCGACCUCAAUCCUAUGUGGUCCGAAAAUCAACUACUGGAUAACCAUGUAGUUGUCGGUGACCCGAAGGGUGGAAGCGGUGGUACUGCAGUUGAUAUGCUCAGCGUCGUCGCAGACACUUUGACAACUAAGCUCAAAUCGAUCACCGUUUGGUCUGGAAGCGGUGUCGACGCAAUCGAGUGCCAAUUCCAACUUGACGAUGGUACGGUUAUAUCAAGCGGGAAGAAAGGAGGGAACGGCGGUGGUGCUCACAAUUUUGAGUUGCGUGCCGGAGAACAGAUCACACGCGUUCAAGGUCACUCCAACACCGGGAUUUCUCAAUUCCAGUUUUUCACCAAUCAAGGAAGAUUCAGUGACGUUUACGGUGGCAAUAGUGGGGAACCUUUCGUUUGGCUCCCGCCCACCUACAACCCCAAUGCUGAAGUCACCGGACUUAUCUACUUCGAGGGAGCACCCGGAAAAUUCCUCGACCGCCUCACUCCCGUUUGGGCUUCUGCCCCUCCUGCGGGUUAUCAAUUGAUCAUAGACUCCUUUGAUCUGUCUCAGCUCGAACAAACAGGCAAGGUAGAGGCUGCCUGGUCAAACGAGAGCAUAAUCGAUAACGAAAGUCCAAACCAUAUCACAUCCACAUUUGAGUGGUCAAUGGAGGCAGAGAAAACUUCGACUCUCACGUUUUCACAGACAACCAAGUCCCUGAUCGGUAACAAAGUCGCUACGCAGGUCGCAGUAAGGGCUACGGCUGGCAUCCCUUAUGUCGGGGAACUGCAAUCAGAGGCUACGAUCGGGGUUGAAGUCAGCCAGGAGAAUGAAUGGGGCACCCAGGCGACGGAUAGCACCACGAUCAGCAGAAGUUACUACUAUGAUCGUAAGGCUGAAGUCACCAUUGACCCGAUGGCCCAGGGUCAAGGAAAGGCUGUCGGGUAUAGGAUGGAAUGCGCAGACCUGAGGUGGACGGGAAAAGUAAUAAUCACUUACUCAGACGGUACCACCAAGACCGUCCCGGCUGACGGGACACUCAGUAGUUCCAGUAUGACGAAGAUGCACACCACUUACACGCAAAUGCCACUCUAAAGUCAAGUGGUGAAAAUCGUCCGAGGUCUUCUCUUUAUUCGGGAUGUACAUGAUGCGUAGCGGUUUCCAGCUGCUUUCCAUACAUGGCGAUGUACUAUGUAGGCUGGCCGCUUUGGAUAGUGUCGAACUCUUUCAUAUCUUUCUAUGUAGACUCGGUUUACAAUAUAUUUAUACUAAAUCUCUGGUCUCAUUUCUUGGCGAAACUGCUUUCCAAAAAUCGACCACAAAGGGCUCAAACGCUGUAGGUGACUGUGGGUG